ACUAUCUUCACUCAUCUUAUCUGUGAAAUCAAUGAGAGAAAUCAUUGAUUUCAGUGUUCUACUCUUGAUAUCAUUCAAUGUAUAUUUUCUAAAUAUUCACAUAUUCACAUUUAUACAGAUAUAUACUGAUUAUUUAUUAGAUAAUAUUAAGACAAUAACUUAUCACAGCUGUGUUACUCUCACUGUGAGAGAUACACAGUUGAUAAUAAACAUUGUAAAGACUCUGAAAAGUGA